AUGACUGCUUUGCCAGGUCUCGCGGGGGACCUCCAUGCACCAUGCUGGGCCAGAUGCGGAUUGGCGAUGCAGUUGUCAAGCACCCAGCUCGCGACGUUGGCGGCCGGUGUCGCGCUCGUGCGCAAGGAGCUGGAUGCGAUCGAUGAGGCCAUUCGCGAGGAGCUUCUGUCGUGCUCCGCCCUGCAGAAGCAGCUGGAUGCGGCAGCUGUCGAGCUUGAACGGAGCGCCGAGCGCGCAAAAGCCGUGGAACAGGGGGCCAUCGAAAAAGCCAGCGAAGAAGAGGAUUUGCAGCUCGUGCUGAUAGAACUUCGGCGCCAGGUGGCUGCCCUAGAUUCGCAGCAAGUCGAGCUCGAGGUGGCCAUCUCUAGCGAUCGCCGCGAGCUGGAGGCCAAGGCGGCCGCGCUAGAGCGGCAGUCGGAUGAAUUCGCGCGGGCACAUUGCCACGCCGCCUGGCAGGAAGCUUCCCGCACCGCCGAGCAGCACCGUGCUUCGCUGGAGGCAGCCUUGCCAGCGCGGCGAGCGGAGCUGCUCUCCUACAGGUCGGAGUGGCAGUCUAAGAAUGCGUCCUUGCGCGAGGAGCGAGCAGCGGCAGCGGCGCUGGAGGCGGAGCUCCAGGAACUUCGAUCGCGCGCCUCCGCCGCUGCCGCAUCGCGUCAGUCGGCAUCCGGGCGCCUGGCGGCGCUGUCAGCCCCCGACCACCCCGUGGCGGCCCUCCUGGAGCGGCAGAAGGCUGAGCUGGCGGCGCUGACGGCACAGGGGGAGCAGCGGUCAUGUGUCGCAGCGGUCAUGUGUCGCAGCGGUGCAGCAGGGGCGAAGGUGCUGGCUCUGCAGGGGGCCACGACCGCGGAGGGUGAGCUGGCGUCCGCCGAACGCGAGCAGCAGACGUUGCAGCUGGCGGCGAAAGCCAUGGAGGAGGAGCUGCAGCUGCUGCAGGCGCGGAUCGGAGAGUUGUUGCCGUCUGUGGAUUCGGACGACGACGGCGGCGGCGCGGACGGCGGCAGCGGCAGCGUGUACGGCAGUGGUGCCGUCGGCGGUCGCCCGGAGGACGAGGAGGAGGACGAGCACGAGGAGGGCGCCAGGCUGCCGCCGGCGGAAGGAGGUCGCGAGGGCCACGUGGAUGGUGAUGAUGGCUGGUGUGGGCGGGGAAGAAGCGGCGCCGCCGCCGGUGCUGGCGGCGGACAACACGAUGGACGCGUCUUCCCUGAAGUUGACGGAUGCUGUCUGGACAGCGAUGGGGGUGAGGGAGCCCUGUCGCUCGGCGGCGGGGUCGGCACGGGUCCGCUGCAUCGGCCUAGUAACCACCUACGUUCGCGGCGCUGGCGCGGCGCUGGCGCCUGCCAUGGCGGCCGCUGGCCGUCACCUGCGACGGCGGUCGGCGGCGGCAGCCGGCGGGACGCUGCGGCCGCCGCUGCCGGCGGCAGUGGCGGCGUAGGUGACGACGAUGGCUGGGAUGACGUGGACGGCCCUGACGCGCUGGAUUUGGGGUCGCUGUCCCAGGGGUUCCACUUAGAUUCCCAGAAUGUUGAUCUCCAUGAUGACGACGGCGACGGGUACAGCAUGCACGACAGGUAUGACGACGUCGUGGGUUUUGGGCCCGCGGUGGGUGCGGCUGGGGGUCGCCCGGGGUCCCGCGCCGCCGCCAACCGGCACCGCGUAGGUGGCGGCAGCAGCAGCCUUCCCCCGCCUUCGCGGUGCCCGUCACCUGCUUUCUCCGCGGAUUCCGGUGUGAGCCUCCCGGGGAGUGCAGCCACCGCCGCAGCUGGUAAUAGCUUCACCGGCACGGAGGGCGCGGGGGGACGAGGGGGCCAGCAGCGGCAGCAGCAGCAGCAGCAAGGGGAGGGUCAGCGGCGGAGGCCGCCGCCACAAGCGGCAGCUGCGGCGGCGUCAGGUCCAAGCCGGGAUGGUAGUGGAGGUGACGGCCGUGGCGAGCGGAAGGCGGUGCUAUACCAGGAGACGGUGAUCACUCGCACUGUUCAGGCUUCUCCCAACACGGUGCUCCGAAACACCGUCACAGUUCACGAGCUGCAGUGUUCCCGGGAGGGCCCCCGGGGGGUUAGGACGGCCGGGGGGGCCCCCGGGGGGCCCGGGGGCGGCCGUGUAGCGAACGCAGUCGUGGUGCGGGAGGAGCUCACUCGCAUUCAGCGAGCGCCGUCCAGACCAGCUGCCCCUGCGGAAGGCGACAACCCAACAGCCGCAGCAGCAGCGGGGUUCGGUGCAACCGCCGGCGGCGGCGGCGCUGCACCCCCGGCCGGCAGACCGCCACCGCCACCGCCACCGGUCCCCUCUUUGCUGGCUCUCCCGGCGCCUGAAAGCAGCGGCCCUCCCACAACGGCAGCGGCGCCGUCGAUUCCCGCUGUCCUGCAGGAAGAACACGACGCCGGCGGCCCCGGUGCCGACGGCUCCAUGCGCGAUAUGUGUAGGGGCCCAGCUCCCUACAGAUUUAUGGGAGCCGGUGGAGGCAGCAGUGACGGCGCCGGCGGCGCUCUCCAGGGAUUCCCUUAUCGCCAGACAACCGCCACAGGAGCCUCUGACGGCCAUGUCGCCGCCAGCGUGUCCCAGCCGCGUUACCAGCCGCCGCCGAUUACCGCCGCCACCAAUCACAUUCCGCCGCCGCUUCCGCCGCGGCUGCUGCCGCCAACAGCCGGGCCACCUUCACAGCCGUCGCAGCCAUCACAGCCACUGCAGCUGCAACCUGCACAUCCCGUGGAGCAGGAAGAGCAGCGGCAGCAGCAGCAGCCGGGGGAAGCUCAGUUCCCCCUCGGUUCUCAUGUUUCCUCUAUGCGCCGCGAUCUCCUCCUCCAGCAGCAGCAGCAGCAGAACCCCCUUGCCCCCGGGCGACCUGAGUCAUGCAUGACGAUUCUAGCGCCAUCACAUCCAGCACUGGCCCUGCAGGGUAAGGCACAGCCGGCGAUGCAAGCACCGCAUCACCCACUUCCACCACCACAGCAGCAGCAACCUCAACCGCUACAGCCGGGUCCUGGGCCGCGGCAGCACCCACAGCACCAGCAGCAGCACCAACAACAGCACCAACAACAGCACCAACAGCAGCACCAACAACAGCACCAACAACAGCACCAACAGCAGCACCAACAACAGCACCAACAGCAGCACCAACAACAGCACCAACAACAGCACCAACAGCAGCAGCAGUUGGCCAACGAGUGGGUGCUCGUCCACCCCCACCCAAAUCCGCCGCCCCAACAGUACCAACGGCCAUCGUACGAUGUGGCAGCACACAUGCACACGCAGGUGCAGGUCCAGUACGAUGGCAAUGAGCAGCGGAUGGGCGUUGGUGCCGGCAGCAGUGGCAAUCUGAGUGGCAUCAGCGGAAGCGGGGCCGCUAGGGGAGCGGGAGGAGGGGGUUCCGCGGCUGGCAGUGGUGGAUGGCCGUCUCAUCCGCCUCAGCAGCAGGAGCACCACCAGCCCCAGUUGGCCUUCGGUCAGCAGCCAAGGCAGCAGCACCCGUCAGCAGGUCCCCCUUCGGCGAUGGCGAUGCCUUUGCACCCACCAGCUCCAGGCCCAGGUCCAGCUGCACAGCCGCAGCCGCAGCCGCAGCCGCCACCACCACCACCACAGCAGCCACCACGGAACCCGCUACCCGGGCGGCAGCAGCAGGGGCCACAGCGCAAUGCUGCGCCCCAGAUGCCGGUUGCUCAGAUGCCGCCCGCGCGAGGCCACCAGGCCGAUUUGGCUGAGGGCCAGUGGAUCGCUCAGGUUCCGCACCCACCACCGGCAUCCAACGGAAUCUGCCGGAUCGACGGCGGCUCAACUCCAUUCCUGGUCAGCUCGCAAGAUCACUGUUUCGACUAG